CACAGGGCGACACCACCAAUCCUGCCGGUCGGGCAGGAGGAAAUCUGGAAUCUACUGUUCGAGCCGUCCUUCGCCUCCCGAUAUACGUUCCCAUCCCAGCACCAGCUGGACUAUGUGCAGUCUCUCAUUACACCCAUCAGCAGCGAACACGGCCUCCGGUAUUACGAGCGCGACACCGUGGAGAAUGCGGUGCAAAAGCUGGUUGAUGCGGUAUACGAGAACCCGGUGCUUCGAGCCAGCAUUGGCCUGCGUGGAACCGUGACGUUUGAGAGUCACACAAAUCUCGGCACCGUCGAUGGCAGUCUCUCCGUACCUCCGGAACCCGCGCCCAUCUCCGGGAGUAGUGCAGGGGAAGCUGCGCUCGCACCGCCUGCAGCGGUCCGCAAACGCCGCCGUGUUGCGAAAGGAAAGGGCAAGGGCAAUCGGGCGGAC